AUGGCUUCUCCGUCCAAAGGCAACGACUUGUUCUCGUCCGAUGAGGAGGGCCCGGCUAUGGUGGCCGGGCCGGGCCCGGGGCCUGGGGGCGCCGAGGGGGUCGCCGAGGAGCGUCGCGUCAAGGUCUCCAGCCUGCCCUUCAGCGUGGAGGCGCUCAUGUCGGACAAGAAGCCGCCCAAGGAGGCGUCCCCGCUGCCGGCCGAAAGCGCCUCGGCGGGGGCCACCCUGCGGCCGCUGCUGCUGCCGGGUCAUGGCUCCCGGGAAGCGCACAGUCCCGGGCCUUUGGUCAAGCCUUUCGAGACCGCCUCAGUCAAGUCGGAAAAUUCGGAAGACGGAGCGUCGUGGAUGCAGGAACCCGGCAGAUACUCGCCGCCACCAAGUGAGUGA